CUGUGAUUGUGGACGGUCCGCUGAUAGCAACAGGAAGUGAGAGAUUUGGAGCUGAGGGGUUUCUUUUCAAUGGCUGAAGUGGAGAAGUUGGCUGAUGAUCUCCUCACUCAGCCAUGGCUCUCUGUGCGUAUUAGUGACUCUCCUUUCCUGCUGAAGGCCACUUUCAGCGACGCUGCCUACAGAUUGAUGCUGUGGGAUCACAACAGUGUCUGGUGGGAGGAGAUGAACUCAGAUGAUCUGAAACAAAGGGCUCAGGAGCUGAACAAGCGGCUGAAGGCGCCCGUGUCAGCGUUCUGCCGGUACCUCCGUGAGGCGGUGGGCCCCCUGCUGCGAGGUGGAGGCCGCGAUCCCCUCCCUGGCUUCAUGUGUGAGCGAACUCAGAACCUGCUCAGCAUCAGCCUGAGGAGCGAGUUAUCCGGUGUGCCUUUCUACUGGACUUUCCGCUGCACCGAGGCCCCCAUGAGCAUGGUAUCUCAUCACAUGAUCUGCCCAUUACUGAGUAUAAUGCAGGCUUUGCACAGACAGACUCAGGACCUGAUGUUGCUCUUGGAAAGGAAAGAUGCAGAGAUUCUUGACUAUAAGGAAAACGGUGCUACAUUGAGCAGAGAUCGUUUGGAGACUGAGACUUUCAACGAGGAGGAAUUUAAAGACCGUUUUUUUGCAGAGAUGAGGGCAUCACUGACUGGGCCAGCACUUAUUGCCCAGAGGGCCAUGAAGAGUGAACCACAUUGCUGUGGGUCUGUUAUCAUGUAUAGGCCAGACCAGUGUCUGCCUGAGGCUAUCAGCACGCAAGAUGGGAGAGUGUUUAACUCUGAGCUCCAGAGUCUCUACACAAUGGUAACAGCAGCAAGGGGGAAGCGAAAAAGAGAACACGACUCAGAAGGGGAGGAUGGUAAGAAUCCUCAAUCUAGUCUUGAAGAACUACAAAAUAUAACUUCAGCCGAAACAAAGCAAGAAGUUGUCAUGUCAAAUCCUGAGCAGAGUUCGAAAGUAAAAAAACAGGCAUCCAACAGUCUGCGCGCUUCAGCAGCCCCAAGAAAUUCUGUUCUUUCCACCGCAAAGCAGAAGAAAAAGAAAAGCAAAGGAAUUUUUAGUUAAUUUUAAAACUGAUAUCGCUGUGUUUUUUUAAGUAGAAAGCAGUGCUGGCCUUCACCGCUCCCUUUCUCUCUGCUCUCCCACUUUCUCAUCCCACCCUUUUGUCACAGAAAGGGGCCAUGACAGUUGUGGAGUGGAUGAUAUCAGCAGCAUUUUUAUACAAUUUGUGAAGCUUCCAGCCUCUUCCCUAAUCGAAGUCUAUUCAAAGGCAACUUGCAACAGGUCGAGAACUAUAGCAACAGUUCACGUUGCAGCUCAAACUCUCUGAGGUUCCCAAAAUUUAACGGCAACUUUAAUUUUAUACUUAAAUACUUAAGUUUAAAUCCCAGAAGUGUCCAACUCUUUCUAAUCCCAGGAACUGACCCUCUACAAAAAAAAUCCCCUUUAAAUAUGAAGUCAUGAACUGUGCCGAAAUUAUUAGACUUAUCUGUUCCAUCGACUACAGGGGUAUACUUGCAUCAUGUUGAUUUCCAUCGUAGUUGUUUCCAAAGGACAACUGUGGAGGCUGGUUGAUUUAAUUUUCAAUUUACGGUAAUAACCCCACCAGGAGAACAGGAAUUACUCUAAAUUCCAAGGUGGCAAAAUUGUAAUACAAAGUACAAGAGGAUUUGAGGAGUAGGAAGCUGGAUGAUUAUUGCUUCCAUUGCUCUGUAAAUUGUGACUGAGAUAGACUUGCUAACAGGCUCAGUUUUCCCUUUCAGUGCCCUACUUAAGGUGAAACUCUAGCAAGCAGGUCACCUUACCUUCCCCAGCAAUUUACCAACCAUUCAGGAUAUGAACUAAGUGCCUGUGAUUAGCCUGUAAUUUUAUUCAGAAUAACCCUGAUAUCAGAGGAUCAGUCUAACUCCAUGUCAGCCUUUAUCUCUAUUUAACUUUUAAUUUUGUUCAUCUUUCUCCGCUCCUCUCCUCCAUCCAUCUCCUAACCUCUCAGUUUCUUCAUCUCGCUCAUUUCUCAUUCCAUUCUCUUUCUCUUCACUUCAUUCUGUUUUAUUCUCUUUCCUCUUAGAUUUCUAGCUUUGCUAUUUGAUUUUUCAUCUCACUCUUUAAUUUUUUCUUCUUGUUAUUUAUUUCUCUCAUUUGUCCCCUUACGUUUUCCUAUUGUCUCUCGUUUGUCUUUUGUUUCUCUACGCCAAUGUCCAUUCAUUCUCUUUCCCUCCUUCCUUUUCCAACUCUUCGCUUUUUGUCAGUCUCACAUCUCCACCCGUCCAUUUUCAUCUCUUUCACUUCUUGUUCUUGGAACUAUUUUGUUGCUGUGCACCUCCUUUGCUGCCCUGUUUCUUUCUCUCUCUCAGUCUCUUUCUCCUCCACCCUUUCCAGUGCAUGUCUCUCCUCUUGCCCAGAUAUACUAUAACCAUUUAAAGCAACCACAUUUUUUUAAAAAAUGAUGGCUUCAAAACUUUUAUGACUUUUAUUAAACUGUAUAUAAAUAUAUAAGUAUUGUCAUGUUGGCAACUUUGGUAAUGAUCAGACUGGCCGGACCUCCUUUAGAACUUGUCAGUCAGACUGAUGCAUGAACUUUGUAAUAUGUUUUAGAAGAUAAUCAACUUUUAUUAAACUCCCACUUGGUUCGGAAGUUGCAGGCACUUUUUAAUUUCAGAACCUGCUAAUCACUGUUCCUUCAUUAGCAAUUUUUUCUUCUUCCCCUCACCCACCCUCAUCUCUUUGUUUCUAACCUGGUUUAGACAUCAAAAUUUAUAGGUUCGGUGCAUUAUUCCAAAUUUAAAUUAAAUAGUUGCAAAUUACCACUAUACCAGCAAAAGAGGCGACUUUGUCUAAUUAAUUAAAGGGCCCUCAAGAUUGCCUACUCGGGGGCAACAGAUGGUAUGAAUUUGACCAGCAACUGCUAUCUACUUCAUUUUGUACAGGGCUGAUUUAAUAGGAAACACUGAAAGCUGAUUGUGAUGACAAAAAUCUCAACAUGAAUUUGCCUUCAGACUCCUUUGCUUUUUAAAUGACUUAACUAUUGCUGCAUGCUCAAUAAUCGCCUCUAUUCUUCACAUUAAAAUUUUCCCACUUCCUUAUUCCCCCCUUCCCCUUAAACUGGGUGCUAUCAUAGUGGAAUGAUGUGUGAAUUGCUUGAGCUCUCUGCCUUUGAUGUCCCUUUUGCAUUUUAAAGAUUGGCAAAGUGUGAAAAAUCCUGCAGCCAUAACAUUGUGUAAAUAUGUCCUUAAACUAAAUGUUGCUUUUACAAAUCUUGCUUUUACUCCUUUUUUAAAA